GGCAGUCUGAGGGAAGAUAAGAUGUGAUGAAUCUGCUGCUGACUCUUGGCAUCAGCUGCCCAUCUUCUCCUCCGCUUCUUAUCUCUCUUCACGCUCGCCUUGAUCUUUCCCUCGUCACAUCCACGCAAUUGGUUAAGGAAGGAGGCGGUGGGUGACCGGUCCCCCCCACUCUCUCUCUCUCCUCACCCCCUCCACCCCGUGACUCGCUCCGUGGCGGAUUGGAUGAGUAUAUAAAACAAAAAAAAAGGCAGCGCUGACCGCAAAGCAGCUCAGACCUCUCCCAACUUUACUCCAGGUGAUUCUCACAUGCGUGUUAUGGAGCGCACUUUCCGGGAGCAGUUCUUCUUUCUGCUGUUGUGUCUGUCUGUCCUCAAGGGAGACUGCAGGUACAUCGAGAGCAACGACAUCGCCAAAGAUGAACUCUACUCGCUUUUAAGCUCGGAUCUGAGGAGAGAAAUGCCCGAGCUGUUGAUGUAUCGCAGACCUUUGCGUUGCCUGGACAUGGUGGCCGUGGAGGGUCAGUUCACCUUCACGGCUGAGACCCCCCAGCUCAGCUGCGCAGCUUUCUUCAUGGCGGAGCCCAACGAGCUGAUCAGUGUGGAGUUUGACAGCGUGGACAUCGACUGCAGCGGAGGAGACUUCAUCACAAUGUUUGACGGCUGGGUGAUGAAGGGCGAGAAGUUCCCCAGCUCCCAGGAUCACCCGCUGCCCCUGUACGAGCGCUACGUGAACUACUGCGACUCGGGAGCCGCGAGGAAAAGCGUGCGCUCCUCCCAGAACGUGGCCAUGGUCUUCUUCCGCGUUCACGGCGCCGGCAGCAGCUUCGCAGUGACGGUCAGGAAGCACGUCAACCCCUUUCCCUGCAAUGUCAUCUCACAGUCACCAGAGGGCAGUUACACAAUGGUGACGCCGCAGCAGCACAGAAACUGCAGCUUCUCCAUCAUUUAUCCAGUGGCAAUCGACAUCUCAGAGUUCAACCUGGCACACCACAGCAACUUCCCUAAGAGAUCCUUAUCUAGUUGUGCAGAGUCCGGGGAUUACGUGCAGCUGCUGGGAGGAAGUGGCAUCGAUACGUCUAAACUGCUUCCCAUCACAGACCUCUGCAUCUCCUUCACUGGACCCACCCACAUGAAGAUCGGCUGCGACAACACGGUGGUGAGGAUGGUGUCCAGCGGGCGGUUUGUCAGCCGCGUGUCUUUCAGCUACAGGCUGCUGGACAGCCAGGAGCUGCAGACGAUCAAACUCAACAACGUGGAAGAUUUCUGUUUCAACAACUGAUCCCAGCAGGGUCACCAUGUGACAACAUGCGUCAUUUGUCUACCAAACAUUUCUAAAGUCACUUCUUUGUUUUGUUUUGUUUUGUUUGUUUUUUUUCUUCACCCAGACUAAAAUCCAAGGAAACUGAAGUAAAAAUGCAAACUAAUAAAUAUCCUAAGGCUACGGCAUUUCCUGGCAUUUUGAAUCCGUCCUCCCGUGCUCUCAUUAAAAUAUUUUUUUUCUUUUCAUGGCUCAUUGUUGUACCAUCUCAGCUGUCGUUUUUAUUUAAUGCUUUGUUUAUGGCGUGUGUUUAUUAUUGACAUGGGAUUAUUAUUAUUAUUUAUUGUUGUGAUAAAGUUCCUUGUGAUUCUUGAAGGUGAGUGGUGCUGAAAUGAGCGUCGUGUCUGUUCUGUUUGUGCGAGCGUGCCGAGUCAAUCCAUGUGAUGCAGAAAGUAAAUAAAAGAAAUGUGAGUAUCUGGUGCCGUUAUGCAGUUAAAUUUGGUAAAAAACAAAAAAAACAAAACACUUUUGUAAUAAAUUUAUACUGCAUGGCAAAGCAAUCAGUGGUGGCUGUCUUAUUUCAGUUGACACGAAAUAUUAUGCUUAGUAAGAACAGCAAUAAAGCGAUCAAAAAUUUGAGUUCAAUUGCAAAAACAAACAGAUUGUUUCCGUAUCAACUUUCGUAAAGGUCAGAAAUAAAUCUGUGCAGCGCAGCAUUCCUUACUAAAUGCUAUUGAACGGAGCUCAAAGGAAACUUUAUGCAAUGCAAGGGCAACAUCAUCAGCAUAACGAGUGACGGAUAGUAACAUAUAGAUAAUUAUUUAUUAAAUCCUCAGAUAUAAUUCAGGCUCACAACUGCUAAAGCGACAUGCCAUAAAAAUGACAACAAAGAUGAUGUAUUUUCUUAAAGUUUUUCAACAGUUUUCUUUUUUUUAAUUUCUACAAAGUUAGCGGUUGUGGAUCAAGGCGUUUUGUUUUACGGCUGUCCUGUCCGGCAGCGUUCCCGACCUGUUCAGUGCCACAUCUUUGGAAUUUCCUAAUUUUUUUCCUGCAAAUUUCGCCUCCACCUUCAACAUGGGACGUCGUUCAGUACUUGAAGGUACGGACCACGGUUCACCUUGACCUCAAUGUCCCGACCUCACGGGGGGUUUUGAGAGCAAAACAUUUCCAAGAUGCUCAAAGAAAAGCGUUCUAAAUUUGGAAAGAGAAAAAGAAAAACAUUCUCUUGGGACGAAUCGACGGCGAGCGGCUUUCAUUGUUCAUAGUCGAAGGUCCUCCUGCCCAGUUGUAUUAUUUUAUGCAUCCCUUGUCUGGAACACCUGGAGGCACUAAACAUCGCAUUUGCUCAAACUGUUUGACAAAAGCACCGAAACGAAUGCAAUUUAAUGAUCACUGACCUCAGAGACAAUGCAAUUCUUAGAAAAAAAUAGUAGGUUGUCGUUUUUUGAUUGUGCAGGAUUUCCAGCAGACGUCUAAUUAUUUACGUCCUUCGACAGGAAAACAUGAACAAUCGAUGAAAAGGACAGACGCGGUUUAAGCAUCAGCCUUUGUGUUGGCGCUAACGUCUUUGUCUCGGGUCUCCAGGGAGCUUCUCCUGCAACGUCUCCUCCUACGACGACGAACAAUGUUGCCGUCGCCGUUGACCGUUUCUGCUAAAUCCUUGCCUCCCGCUGUGACAGCAGGUGAAAGCAGGAGGCGAUCUCCGACCAGAGGAGGCUGACACGGCGCAAGUCCUGCAGGAACAUUAUCUUUGAUAGUCACCUGCAGCCGCGGUUCGGGAUGAACGCCACGAAACAAAUGUCUUUUUGAUGCUGUAAAACUCCCCUUUCCUGGUUUGAGGUUAUAUUGAAUUUAAGCCGUGUAGCAGACUGAAUACGACUGGGAUUAUUCCAUAUUCAACCCCAACCUACCACCUGUUUACCUCUACGGCGUCUCAUAUACAAAACAUAUCCGAUAUUCUUAAAAAUAAAAUAAAGCAAGAUUAAUGUCUCAUUUUAGGCCACCUUGAAAGUGUUAGUUUUAGAUAAAUAAAAAUCAUCAUAAACUGCAAUUUAUACGCAUUAUUUUGGUUUCAGUUUGCAUAUUUUGUUCACAUUUCAGAUUUCGGUAAAGUGCUUUGAAAUGAUGAUGUUUGUCAUAAAUAGGGGCUGUGGAAGUAAAUUGAUUUGAAUUUCAUGAAGAAAUAGAAGUAAAUAAUUUUUUACAAUUUUAAA